AUCAGAAACUAAAAUCUUUGUGCGUAAAGUAUUUCUUUGGAAAAAUGGUUGGAAUGUGGUCAAUGAUUAGGCAAAUUGAUCAAUCAAAAACUACAUGGGCCAUAAAGGCAAGGGCAACAAGGGUCUACCGAGAACCAGCACAUGAUGGAUUUCCCCCUUCAAUGGAAGUCAUAUUCCAUGAUGAAGAGGGGUCUAAGAUUCACGGACACAUCCCGGAUCAAUUCAUUGCCAAGUUUUUCGGUUUGUUCAGGGAGGGACGAGUUUAUGCCAUAAAAAAUUUUAUGGUGGAAGAAAAUUUCAUGUUUUUCAAAACCACAACAAGCGCAUAUAGGCUACGAUUCUUCAAAAAGAGUGAGGCCUUCGAAAUUAAGGUUCCAUUUCCCUUAAGGACGUUUUCCUUGGUGUCCUUUGCACACUUGCAGGCACAAGACUCUAUCGACGACAAGGCAGCGAUUGAUAUCAUUGGACAAGUCGUCCAUGAUAAGGAUCCAAAGACAAUUCUAAAAAAUGAUCGCCCAAAAAAGUUAGUGGAGCUAAUCCUUGGAGAUACAGAGGGCAAUGUCAUCGCAUGCACUCUUUGGGGUCCAAUGGUCGAUAUGUUGAUGUCGUAUAAACUGACUACGGGCGAACCCAUAGUCAUGUUGCUUCAAUGCUGCCGGGCUAAGAAAUACCAAGGGCAAGUGCAUGUAUCCAACAUGUUUAACACAACCAAGGUUAUUCUCAACGGGGUAGAAGACGAGUUCAACGAUUUUAAAUCAAAGAUGGCUAGCAGGUGUGGCGAAGGUUUGAGCUUCACAAUCGCAUCCGAUACAUCCAAUGACGCAGACAUCAGUUCUGGUCAGAUUCAGUUGGUUACUAUUGAACAGCUCACUAAAAUGGAAGAGGAUGGCAAGCACUGGAUAUAUGGAGAGAUUGCCGGCAUUGAUAGCCACAAAGACUGGUCUUAUGUUUCGUGCAUUGGUUGUAAUCGAAAAGUGACUCCCAAUGGUGACGGGUUUCAGUGCCUCUCUUGCAAUUCUUCAGACGCUGUUUUGAGGUACAAAGUCAACAUUCGAGUGGUCGAUAAAACAUCGCACGCGUCCUUUCUGCUGUGGGACAGAGAGGUGUCGUGCUUGAUCGGGCGAUCUGCUUCAUCAUUGAAAGAACAAGUAAAUAAGAGAAAUUUUGGACCGCAUUAUUUCCCUUCCGAGAUCAAUGCCUUGAUGGACAUCAAGGCCCUGUUCCGCGUUCAGUGUAAACGUGAUAGCCGAAAUUACAAGGGUAAUCAGAACUAUAGCGUCCUUCGAAUGAAUACUGACCCCAGGGUUAUAUCACUUUAUGUCACUGAGACGACAUUAUCAGAGGAUGAGGAUGAGUUUUCUUUGUUGAGGAGAGAGUUUGCUGGUGGAGAAAGGGUUGCGUCUACGGAGCAGGUGAAUUCGAGCAGCCCCUUACUAGACAAGGAGAAGAGAAGUGCUCUGGAAGUUGAUACUGAGAAGAUCAAGAGGAACCUGUUUGGAGAAUCCUCAUCCACCGAGCCAGCUAAAAAAAUACCAGCCAAAAAGAUGAAGGGGAUCAAGAUCGAGGAACCUAAAACCUGAAGCUAUCCCAUGGAUUUCAAAUAUAUUUGGGGUGUGCGACGGGUAUUAAUAAGUGUUUAGUAAAAAGGCCUAAAUAAAACCUGCGGGAUGGACACUGUUAUGAAGGAUAGAUAUGCUGCGAUAGAUAUAGUCAGCGUCUCUAAUGUUUCCCUUUUUUGGAUUUUGUUAACUGUUGACACACUACUACCUAAAGUGUGAUCAUUAUAACCCAAGUACCCCCAUAUUAUUGUAUGAUCCAUGUCUACGGUCUUAUAUGUAUACUACUAUCUAGGGUCAAAUAUGUGGUCUAUUCCAAUCUAAAUGUGUGGAAAAUAUAUAAUGUGAAAUGUUUA